AAACCGGAUUGAUCUUGUAUGCGCACGUAUGCACGUCGACCUGCGGUUCUUACGCUGCGAAACGUUUCGCGUCAUUUGUUGAGUAUACCAUAUUUCUUACACGCUUUCCUUCCUGCUGCCUGACUACGUACCAACUUACUACACCAAACGUCUAGUCUUAAAAAUGGACCAUAUCCGAAAAGCGAGUAUACAGUGUGACUGCACUUUGCUACCAACACACAAAAUCACGUAAACACGCCUGCAAGAUUCGAGCUCCGUGGUUACCCUGCGAUCCCCACAUGCGUCACUGGCGGCACAUUCUCAUUGCGCCUGUCUGGCGAUGAUGAAGCUUCAAAUGCCGGUCAAGCUGGCGUCGGCAUUGUUUUGAGUCCCUGGGCUGAAGCUGCCCUGAUCGAUUGGAUCCCAAUAAACAGCAGGAUGUGCGCCGUUAGAUUAGCUGGUUCGUUCCGUGCUACGAAGUCGCGCGGGGACCAACGGUGCCUGUUUGUCAUUGCGGCCUACGCCCCUACAAACUGUAGCACUGAUUCGGUAAAAGAUGAUUUCUAUCAGCAACUUCAUGAACCCCUUCGUUACAAAAGAAGCACGGAUACUGUGGUGUUGGCUGGCAAUCUAAACGCCCAAGUCGGAAAAUUGUCCUCAGAUGAGCUUCAUCUGGGCGGCCAACAUGGUGUAGGCUCCCGUAAUGAUAACGGUGAGCGAUUGCUACGGCUUUGUGAAGAUGCUCGCUUCUUCGUCGCGGGCACAAACCUUCCACACAGCACCCGCAGAAGCUUGACCUUGUGGCCACCAGCCUCGGGCCAGCCAUGGAUGCAAAUCGAUCAUAUCGCAAUCAGUUACCGCUGGAGAGGCUGUGUCCAAAACUGUCGCUCGAUUUGGAGCACCAGCGUGGACUCUGACCACGCACUUGUCUGCGCCGACCUCCUGGUGCGUUUCGAUGGAGGUCCGAAACGUCGUUGUGAACGGAUUGACACCAGCCAGCUGGCGAAGCCAGAUGUUCUGAAUGUGUACCAAAGUGCGCUGAGAUCUGGGCUGAGUAAGCGCCCACUAAACACCGUUGAAGAUCACUGGUCGCAUAUCCGUCAAGCGUUGCUGUUAGCAGGCAUGUCUUCAUGUGGCAAAGCAAAUUGCCAAACCGGACAUUGGGUCUCUACACAGUCUCUGGAACUUAUGAAUGCUCGCCGACGUAUUCCGGCUGGAAGUGAAUACAAUGAAGCUCGCAAAAAUCUCAGGGCAAAACUACGGGCUAGCCUGAAGAAGGACCUAGAAACGUGGUGGUUUCAUCGUGCCUCUGAGAUGGAAACAGCCGCUGCCGUUGGUAAUCAUCGUAAGUUAUUCCGUCUGAUACGGGAAACAGGCAGCAGGAAAUCUAGUGUUAGCGAGACCAUACGCGACGAGAGUGGGCAGCCGAUCCACAGCCUGUCAAAACGCUUAGAGCGUUGGGCUAAACACUGCAAGGCAAUUUAACCAACCUGAUUCAGCUGUUUCUUUUGCGGGCAUUGAGCGCCCUUCUCCCUGGGCCGUUUCCUUGGAUCCGCCCUCACGCGCAGGAGUCGAACGUAAGAUCAGGAUGUUGAAAUUGCAUAAGGCCGCAUGGGCAGGUAGAAUUCCUCAGCCCUCUUCAAAUUCAGGGGACUUGCCCUAACAGAUGAAUUACACAAGUUACUAGAGAAAUUUUGGGAGCAGGAGACUGUCUCGACAGACUGGAACCGCUCCGUCAUUGUCCCGAUUUUCAAGGGAAACUCCAGUUUGGAAUGCGGCAAUCAUAGAGGGAUCAGUCUGAUUUCGAUUGCCUCUAAAUUGCUUGCCUCUGUCAUUCUCCACAGACUGACUGGCACACGUGAAAGCCAGAUUCGUGAAGAGCAAGCCGGAUUUCGUCAAGGUCGAGGCUGCAUCGACCACAUCUUCACCUUGCGUCCAUUGUUGGAGCACCGCCAUGUUUAUUGGCGACCCACCGUUGUCGUGUUUCUUGACAUAAAAGUGCCUUCGACUCAGUCGAUCGAUGUACCCUUUGGGACUGUCUGCUGGGGAAAGGUGUGCCUGAUAAAUAUUUAAACAUUAUCAAAGCGCUGUACGAGCAUAGUUCGGGCAGGGUGAGGGUUUAUGGCAAACUGUCGCCACCCUUCAGUUUCAUCAGCGGUGUGAGACAAGGUUGCCCGCUGUCACCUUUCCUCUGUAACUUUGCUAUUGAUGAAGUCAUGGAAACAGCGUUCGCUGGACACGACUUAGAUUGUGUGGAGCUACUUCCUGGCGAGCAAGUUCUUGACUUCAUCAUCAUCAACAGCAGUACAUCAGUCGUUUGAACUGAUGCUUCGCUGCCAUGCAACCAUGAGGACCUAUG